AGGAGUUUCAUGUUUUCCGGUGGCAGUCCAGGGAGGGCAAGUGGACAAGGACUACUAGCCUUGGUGGCUGCACAAUGUUCUUGUCAUAUUUUCAUUUUACAAAUCGAACGAGAUCCUUUGGAGGCUUUUUCUUUGCAAGUUGCCUUGGUCCAGAUCAUCCAGGGGUUCGAAGGGACUACUUGUACUUAACAGAUGCUGACAGAGAAAGUGGGUUGAGUAUUCCUUGGCUGAUGGAUCUUCUGAUGAAUAUGUUGCUGAGAACUUAGAGGGAGCUACAAGGUCUGAUUUCAGGUCACCUGUUUGGAUCUUUCCAAGUAUAUGUUGAUGCACUCCUAUUGGCCACUGCCUAUGUGAAAGUUGCUGUCUGAAGUGACCCAGAAGCACAUGACGAUGCUACGCACCACCAGGAGGGGAGCAUCUCCAACUCGGAUGAGUAGCUCCAAUAAAAGACAGAGAUAAUCUACUGUACAUAUAUAAUGCAAGCGACCCAAGGUAUACGGCGAUUAAACUGCACCACAGUUGCAAAAUCUGACAACUGCAGAGCAAGAACAUAUCCCGUCUGCCUCCCCCACCCCCACUCACCUCACCCACCGACGCCAUCCACCAGACGCGCCGUCUGCCUCACCCACGUCCUUCUCGGCGGCAUCCAUGGCGUCCGGCGGCAGCGGUGGCACGGACGGCCGUGGCGGCGCGUGGCCGACGAGCCUGGGCACGCCGGACACGGACGAGCUCAUCCGGCUCGGGCUGAUGGUGCUGCCGGGCUGCCGUCUGCCGCACAUCUUCCACAUCACCGCCGACGGGUACCCGACAAGGGGGCCCGGCGCGACGCCGGAAGAGCUCCGCGGGCACGAGGGCGGCCGCUGGAAUAUUGCCGGUCGUACAAGAUUUUGGACGGGCAAGGACUUCUGGAAGGUCGUUGCCCAGGCUCGUCGGGAUUCGGAGACGGGCGGCCCGUCGUCUGCCCCGCGCCGGCCCCACCGUCACCCUCCGGCGGCCAUGCCGUCCCCAAGCUCCUCCGGCCGUCCGGUGCCCACGCUCGCCGGGCCCGCCGCACCUCCCGCCGUCGAGAUCCCGCCGGAGCAGUUCGCGCUGCGCGAGGACGGCGACCCGAACGACUGCCCUGGCUACCUCAUCGCCCUAUGGGCGUCGCAGACAGAAGCGGCGGCCGCGGCAGAGGCCAGAGAGGCCGCCGAGCUGCAGGCGGCACUGGACGCCGCGGCGGCUAUGGCGGCGGCUGCAGAGGCCGCUGAGCUGCAGGCGGCACUGGAUAUGGCGGCGGCUACGGGUGCGGUGCAGGCACCGGCGCAGGCGGCUCCGGUGGAGGACGACGCCGUCGACUGGGACGACGCCGGGAAGAGCAGCAACGAUGACGACGGUGACGGCGGUGCGGGCGAGAUCGUGGACCUCGCCGCGUCCGACGACGACGAGUAGAUUAGGUCCUCUUAUGUUUAAUUAAUUUAGAUUAGGUCCUUUUAUGUUUAAUUAAGUUUCGUUAUGUUCGAAUGUAAAAUGAACCCUUUGUCGUAAGGUUUAAUGAACUAUCCUUAUGUUUGAAUGAAUUUU